AUGCUGCAGCUCUCCGGGACGGGCAUCCGGGUCCUCCGCGGCGACACCUUCAGCGGCCGACAGCUGCGGCGCCUCCGGGUGCUCUCCGUCACGGACGGCGCCCUCACCAGCGUCGCGGCAGGCGCACUCUGCUCGCUCACAGCUCUCACCCUCCUCGACUUGAGCAACAACAGACUUCAUCAGGUGGACCCCUCCAGCUUCGAGUGCAAUCGCCAUCUGCGCCGUGUCGAUCUGUCUGGCAACACUGGUCUCCGUCGACUGCCCGCGCUGGUCAGCGAUUCCAUUGAGACUGUGGAUGCCGACCGCUGCAACAGCGCAGACGUCGAUGUCGACGACCUGCGAGGACUGCCAGCUCUCAAGGUCCUCCAUCUGAGUGACAACCCCGGCCUCGACUGCCAGGGCGUCAAGCGGAGACUCGCUCGAUCUUAUCCGUCACUGGUGGUCGUCUGUGAUGACUCGCAGGCGUUCUCUGGAACAGCCAAUCUUUCCAGCGCUCAGUCGCCUUCUGAUACCUCGAACAAUUCACCGCAACACGUGACAUCUACUGAGACGGACACAAGGCCAGAGAUCGACUUCCAAAAUUCAGUUACGCAAUUACAUAUCGAAGACCAAAAAGUCAGUACGGCAGUGACGCCCUCUGAAACGGUUGCGGAGCCAGAGAUCGACUCCAAAAAUUCUCUCACACAGUUACAUAUCGAAGACCAAAAAGUCAGUACAGUUGUGACAUACUUGGGAACGGUUACAGGAAAUCGCAUCGACUCCAAAAAUUCAGUUACAGAAUUACUCGUAGAACAAAAAAUCGAUACAGCUACAAAAAGUCUCUUAGACCUUACUACAGAAGUUCCUAUAAAGCACAGAGCAGAGACCUCUACACAGUCGCUUCACGGUUUCACGAAAAUUAAAAGCGAAAAUAUUUUUGUGGUUACCAAUCCAAAAGAAUUCUAUGAACUUGAUUCCAUUUUCCUUAUCUCUAUGGGCGUAUUGCUGCCGUUGAUAUUGUUGUUAACACUAUUGGUGUUCUACUUGAAAACAAAAGCUAACGAUUGAUGGCCUUGUUGACUGAUUCUUUCGUAGAGUCUUGGUACAACUCCAAGCGCGACUGGUAUCUGCCUCAGAAAAUAGGAAAAGAUAUAGCUAAGCGAUAGCAAGAAGAAGAAAUGCUAGUAGUACAUCAUUUCGUCAGCAGAUACUCAGAAGAAGACCUGACUUUUGAUGCACAA